UUUUUGACUUGAUACUUCAUUAACUAUUCUUUGUUUUAGUUUCACUGCUGUAAUUACACUCCACGUCGACACAACACAUAGAUUUCAGUUGAAAUGUUUUGUUUUUAAUCUGGGUGAAAUUUCAAGAGUUUUACCUCACAAAUCAUUCUCCAAAUUUUGGUGCUGUAGCUACAAUGUUUAUCAUGUUCUAUUGGUAAAUUUUCUUUCCGACCGUAUUAUGAACAUAGCUUGAUAUUUAACACAAUGAUAGAGAUGUUACGUCGUCAAAAAACAGUGUGGCAAGCUUUACUUCUAUUUGCAAUUUUGGAUUAACCCUACGAUCUGCAUACAACUAUUAUAAUGAUAACGAGUCGAAGCUAAAAGUGCAAAAAUUCGACAUCAUGAACUAUUGGAGGAAAGAAAUUCUCUUACUCGACAAGUGGAUGAUGCCCUAGCAGAAAAAAGCAACUUGGAACUUACCUUGAAAACCAAGAUUAAGGAAUUUUUAGACCAAAAGAAAGCCUGGCAUGAUGAAAGGAUCACUUUAAUGAAUGAUGCAAACAAAGCUAAGACACGCUAUGAAGCAUUAAAUACAGAGUACAAAAAUCUUGAGGCAUAUCACAAAGAUUCUCAAGUUGACUGCAGCAAUCAUAAAGCAACCUUGGAUCGUCUUAAAAAAGACCAUAGUAGGAUGAACAUAGAACAUUCUAGGAACUAUAGGGACCUGAAGGAGAAAAACCUUAGGACUAUCAUUGCAUUGCAAAAUGAAGUGGAAAAGUACCAAAAGCAAGCACAAAACAUGCAGAUGCAAAUAGAUACUUUACAACAAAGUCUUAGUAAAUAUCAGAACGUUGCAGCAAAAACUGCAAAGAAUAGUAAUAUUAUUUCAAAAUCAGCUGGUUUUGAUGUGCAAGGUUUAACUGAACAUAAAGACAAUUCUUAUUCAAGAAUCAGGCGUCGGAAGAGAAAAAUUGAAAGUUUAGGAAAUCACCAAGUUCCAAAGAAAUAUGGCUUUGAAAAGAAUUUAGAAGAGAAUGAAAGUUUGCCAUCAUGGGGUAAAAGUUCAAAGAAAAGUAAUAACUUUCACAAGCCAGUCAACACUUAUGAAAAAAUUUUUAGCAACAUAAACAAGGACCUUGUUGCUAAUGUUGACCAUGAAGCUAAUAGUGAAAAGUUUGCUGAACGUUAUGAUGUCAUUAAUAAUAAUGAAAGGGAAAUUGAAGAUACAGGUAAGAGUAAUGAAGAUAUUGUAAACAAGGAUGAUGUCGCAAAUGAAGACAAUGUACCAAAUGAGAAAAACUUUAUUGAACCUCAUGCUGUCAUCAAUCAUAAUGCAAUUGAAAAUCAAGAUACAAUCAACAAUAAUGAAGAUGUUAUAAACAAUGUAAACGAAAACAAUGAAAAUCAUCCUCUACAAUUAAAUGAAGAAAAGGAAAACCAAGAAAUAGUUAAUGUUAUGAAAGAAAACAUGAAGCCUGAAGCAUUAAUGAUGAAAAUGACAAAAAUGUUGACAAUAUUGAAGUUAUGGACCAUGAUAACCAAGAAGAGAAUAAUUUCAAUGUUGAUAACAAGGACCAGGAAGAUGUAGAUUUUGGUCCAAAAGAUGAGGUGCAUUUGAAACAAGAUAAAAGGAAUGCAGAUUGGGAGGAUGAAGAAAGAGGCAAAAAUGAAAACAACAUAGUUGAAGAAAAUCAUAAGGAUGAGAUAAUGGAGCUUCCUCAAGAUGCUGUGAAGGAAGAAGCAGAAGAUGAAGAUGAAUUCCUGAAUGAAUGAGUGAAUGAAUGAAUUGAAAAAUAUCAUUCAAGCAGAUGAAAUGCUAUGUAGAAAUUUGUCAACUAUGUUCUAUGUAAUUAUGGUUUUCUAGUCUGCCAUUUACUAUGUAAUGAUGUACAUAAUUUACUUGUAUUUGGUUUCUAUUAACAUUUCUAAUAUGA